AUGGAGCCAUCAAUUGUAACCCAGCUCAUCAAUAUUCUUCACAUCAAUCCUUAUUCCAUUUUUUUUCGUUCACUUGGAGAUCUCCCUGAUUUGGAAAAACAAAUCAUUCAUAUAAAAACAGAUGUUGGGCUUGAUCAACGUGUAUUCAAUGCUCCUACAUCCUCACAAGUUGCAGUGAUAUGGGUCGAAAAUGAUGACGGAGAUCAACCAAGAGGAUGUAACAUUCUUGUGUAUAACCAUUCUGGUGGAAAUUAUAAAGUUCAGUAUUACUUUGGGUGUUAUGAUCCACUGCAAUAUCCGAUAUUAUUUCCUUUCGGUGAUACUGGAUUAAACAAACAAAGAAAGUGCCCAAUAGUUUCAUGUUGCGAAUAUUAUUGCUACAAGUUGCAAAUAAGAGAAAAUGUCAGAUCAAUUUUGUUGUUUUCUGGUCGAUUAUUGCAGCAAUUUGUAGUAGAUAUGCAUGUGAAGAUCGAGACCUCAAGACUAGAUUCUUUUAGAGGCAAGCAACAACGUAUUCGAUCAGAGUUAUAUCAAGGUAUUGUUGAUACAAUUACGCUUAGGGAAACAAAUCCUUCUAAUGUUGGGAAACAGAUUAUACUCCCAUCUUCUUUUAUUGGAGGUCCAAGAGACAUGAGAAAAAGAUAUAUGGAAGCAAUGGAUUUAGUUCAACGUUACGGCAAAUCUGACACUUUCUUAACGAUGACAUGCAAUCCAAAUUGGCCAGAAAUUACAAAUGGACUAAGUCCACACGAGGAGAUUCAAACUCGACCUGAUUCAGUUGCUCGAGUUUUUCAUGCAAAAUUGGAAGAAUUAAAGGACCAGUUAUUCAAAAGGCAAAUAUUCGGAAAAGUUUCAGCAUAUGUCUAUGUUAUUGAGCACCAAAAAAGGGGUCUUCCGCAUGCCCACUUUUUAAUUAUCUUACAAAAUGAGUGGAAACUCCACUCACCAUAA